CUCUAAUAUUCAUCUCCGCUGCCCCCUCUAACUUCCAGCCGCUCUCGCAUCCUCAACACCCUACUCUCGCUUUCCGAUGGCGCCGAAGAAGGAGAAGGCUCCCCCACCGUCAUCAAAGCCGGCGAAAUCCGGCGGUGGCAAGCAGAAGAAGAAGAAGUGGAGCAAGGGAAAGCAAAAGGAGAAGGUGAACAACAUGGUGCUGUUUGAUAAGGUGACUUAUGAGAAGUUGCUUGUUGAGGCUCCUAAAUACAAGCUCAUCACUCCUUCCGUUCUCUCCGAUCGUCUCAGGAUCAGUGGAUCUCUUGCAAGGAAAGCUAUCAGAGAACUGAUGGCAAGAGGUUUGAUCAGAAUGGUGUCGGCACAUUCGAGCCAGCAGAUCUACACCAGGGCCACAAACACCUAGGAGUUGCCUUUUAUUGUUUUUUUUUUCCUGAGCUUCAAUGGAUUUUGUCUGAAUAGGACUCUGUUUUAUUUAGCUUUAAUCUUGUUUCUUUGAAAGACUUUAAACUUUGGGUUGCCAACUGUUAUAUUGCUACUAGAUUUUGUUUGUUGGUCUGGCCCGUAUUGAGUUUAUUUAACCUCGUAUUCCUUAUAUCU